CAACUUGGUUUUGUGCUGCUCUGUCCUAUCCAGAUGAAACCGGGUGCCUUUGUGUCAGACUGGGGGAAGUCUGGAGGAAAAUAGAGGACAUAAAGGUGUCCGGUUUCCUCUCAGUAGGACAGCGUACAGGUAACCCCCGCUUAGCGCUCGUAAUCGGUUCCUGAAAAACCAAGCGUUACGUGAAACAAGCGUUAAGUGAAACUGAAAGUAUUUGAUGACCCAAGACGGUAACCGCGAGCGUUAUAAUGAAACUCGCUGAGCGCUCAGUGAAAUCAGCUAUCGAUUUCAAAUGACCGCUAUAGCGAAAUAGCGCUAAGUGAAACAGCGUUAAGUGGGGGUUGCAGGUAGCGGAAAACCGGGCUGUCCUCCAUAACACCAGACGAAUGUGCACCCUACCAACCCUUCAGCAAAGUGACACCGUCACCCCAUACAGCACAAGAUGUCACACCCCGACCUGUCACGGUCAAUUGAAGAAAAUGAAGUAUAUUUACCAAAUGAUGAACUUUGGGUCUAUGAAAUUGACACUGCAUUAUGGACAAUGCACCUAAUGGAAGGAGAGUUACCUACCUCUAUGUCAGGAAGCUGUGGAGCUUGCAUUAAUGGGAGCCUGUACAUAUUUGGUGGAUUUGAUGAUAAAGGAUACAGUAAUCGGCUAUAUUAUGUUAAUUUGCGAACAAAAAAUGGAACCUAUAGGUGGAAAAAAAUUACAAAUUUUAAAGGUCAACCUCCUACACCACGUGACAAGCUUUCCUGCUGGGUGUAUAAGGACAGGUUAAUAUAUUUUGGUGGUUAUGGAUGUAGGAAACACAAUGAACUGAGUGACUGUUUUGAUGUUCACGAUGCAUUUUGGGAAGGGCAAAUAUACUGGGGAUGGCACAAUGAUGUUCAUGUCUUUGAUACAAACACACAGACUUGGUUUCAGCCAACAAUUAGAGGUGGAGAGCCACCUCAGCCUCGAGCAGCUCAUACAUGUGCUGUGCUGGGAAAUAAGGGUUAUAUCUUUGGAGGACGAGUACUGCAAAGUAGAAUGAAUGAUUUGCACUGUCUGAACUUAGAUACCUGGACUUGGUCUGGAAGUUGUCUCUCACUGUGCAAGACAAUGGAAUACAACUGCUUUGAUGAUAAGUCUGUGUGGAUUCCACUCAAGAUGAUUUAUACCCAGAAUCAAAAUGAACACAUCAGCUACAGUAAGAACCAGCCUUGGACUGCUAAGACACAUGUCAGUGUGCACACAACACCCUUAACCAUAUUUAUGGCACCUACAUCAAUUUACAAUGCAAGUAUUCAUACUAAUGGAGAGAAACCAAAAGAUCGAUCUUGGCACACUUUGACCUCUGUAGGGGAUGACAAGCUUUUCCUCUUUGGUGGACUGAGUUCAGAUAAUGUUCCACUCAGUGAUGGUUGGAUUCAUAGUACUACAACAAAUGGAUGGAGACAACUUACCCACUUACCAAAGAGCAGGCCUAGGUUGUGGCAUACAGCCUGUCUUGGCAAAGAAGGGGAGGUGAUGGUAUUUGGUGGAAGCAAAGAUGAUUUGCAUUUCAUGGACACAGGACACUGCAGUGACUUACUGAUCUUUCAGACAGAACCAUACUCACUUCUUAGAUGUGAGAAGAGACUUUUGCCUACAGUCGAGGAGACGAAUCAGAAUAUCCUGGGGGCAUCUUCAGUUCGUAAUCCUUUUGCUUUAUUUCUUCUGCUGCACCUGUGCCACUGUCAACAUUUACAGUUGAGGGAGUGUGAAGACAAAACUAGGGACAUGCAACAGCACAUCCAGUGCACUAGUAGGACAGUUGCUGGUGGACAUUUAUCACAGUCAGAAGUAAGGGAGGUGUAAUGUCGUAUUUCAGGUUGCAGUGGAAAUGCUGGAUCAAUUAAUACAAAGAAUUUUGUUGUUGGUGCACUUGGGAAAGGCUCUUGGAGAAAGAAGCAUUAGCUUAAGCAGGAGUGAAAACACAGGGAACUUUCUUCAGUAGAGACUGAGUUCAGAUUUUGUUCCAGACGUUAUAAAAAGUGCCUUUAGCACCAUGUUUUUUUAAAUCCGUGUUUCAUAGGAUUUGCAGUAGUUCCUUGUUUACUGUUAAAGAUAAAAUACAAUAAAAUACGGGUUUUUCACAGA